CGAGAUAAAUCAAGUCUAAUGGGCUAAGGCCUGGAAUAACUUUCAAGGCCCAAUAAAAACAGAUAUAAGAAAUAAAAAUACAAAAUAGAACAAAGACAUAAAUCAAGUCCAAUGUGCUAAACGGCCUAUAAAUAACUUAUAAGGCCCAAUAAAAGGAGAUUUAAUGACGUGGAAGCUUUUGAAACAACUCUCAAGUUCACUAGUUACUUCUAGAAAUUUUCUCUGGAACUUUCUAGCUCACUGGUGUUUACUCACUAUAUAUCAAUGGAGUGAAAAUUUCAAACCCCAUACUAUCAAAUCGAAGAAGAGGAAGAUCCAAUUGGAAAGGGUUAUCCUAAUUCCCAGUCAUUGAUCGGAGAAGAUGAGUGCUGUUGCGAUUAACCACUUUUUUGGCUUACCGGAGGCGAUCGAGAAGCUAAUUCUCCCGAUUUCUCGUUCCGGCGAAAGUAAUAACGAGAGUCGUGGAAGAGGAAGUAGCAAUAAUAUCCCAAUAGACAUUUUGGAAUCUCCCAAAGAAUACAUAUUUUAUCUCGAUAUCCCCGGAAUUUCAAAAUCAGAUAUCCAGGUUACAGUGGAGGAAGAGAGGACUUUAGUGAUAAAGAGUAAUGGGAAGAGGAAGAGAGAUGAUGAUGAGAGUGAAGAAGGGUCUAAGUAUAUUAGACUCGAGAGGAGACUUGCUCAGAAUUUGGUUAAGAAGUUCCGGUUACCAGAAGAUGCUGAUAUGGCUUCUGUAACGGCUAAAUAUCAAGAAGGUGUUUUGACAGUUGUUAUCAAGAAGCUACCGCCACAGCCGCCGAAACCUAAGACUGUUCAAAUCGCUGUUUCUUGAGUAGUUUCUGUGUUUUGUUUUUGUGUGUGUUUGUUUUCUAGUUUGUAAUUUUUCUGUGUUUGGAUAAAAAGACUCUGUUUCUUUUAUGUGUUCUCUUGUCGAAAUUUUGAAAUUGAAGAAAUAAAUAGGUUUAGCCUCCAAAACCAAAAACAAAUAAAAACGUUGUCGACAUUACCACCAUAAGAUACUCCUAAGGCACUG